AUGUCCAACCCAGUGCUUUCACCGGUUGAUAAUAGUGUUGAAGAUGUGUAUAUCCAGGACAUACCUCGGAUUGGCAUGACUUGCGAAUCUGAAAAUGCUGCAUAUUGCUUUUAUAAUCAGUAUGGUAGAAAUGUUGGUUUUAGUAUUAGGAGAGAUCAUGCACAUAGGAGCAAGGAAGAUCCGACAAUCAUUAAACAGAGGAGAUUUGUAUGUAAUAGGCAUGGACGUCGGAAAAAGGAUAAGAGAGAUAUAAACACGAAGGAACCUCGUGCAGAAACCAGAACUGAUUGUCUUGCAAGAAUGUGUAUAUCUAGGGUGAAAGAUGGUCAAUAUGAAUGUAAAGAUUUUUUUGAUGACCACAACAAUGAAUUGCAUACACCAGCUACUUCUCAUUUGAUGCAGUCUCAAUGCCAAAUCUCAAAUAUAGUUGUACAUGGAAUAGAUUUGGCUGAUGAUUCCGGUAUCAGGCCCAAGGCCACUUUUGAUUUGAUGGGCAUGCAAGUUGGUGGUAGUGAAAACCUAGGUUGCACUAGGGUAGAUCUGAAUAAUUACCUUCGAACCAAACGUCAGCAUGAUCUAGCCUUCGGUGAAGCUGGGAGUUUGCUAGCAUAUUUUGAAAAUCAGACAAGGAACAACCCAUCAUUUACAUACUCUUUGCAACUGGAUAAUGGAGAACAGAUAACAAACAAAUUUUGGGCAGAUCCGAGGAUGCUCAUUGAUUAUGCAGUGUUUGGUGAUGUUGUUAUCUUUGACACUACGUUUUGCACAAACAAAGAGUACAGGCCCUUUGGGAUUUUUGCAGGAUUCAACCAUCAUAGGGGUGCGACCAUAUUCGGAGUUGCACUACUAUAUGAUGAGACAGUUCCUUCCUUCAAAUGGUUGUUUGAGACAUUUUUGGAGACUCAUGGACAGAAGAAGCCCAAAACCAUUUUUACUGAUCAAGAUGCUGCAAUGUCAAGGGCAAUAGCUGAGGUUUUACCUGAAAAAUGGCAUGGAUUGUGUACCUGGCACCUAAUGCAUAAUGGGAUAAAACAUCUUGGUAAUUUGAUGAAACAUGGAUUAUCAUUUCUUAAAGAUUUGAAUAAAUGCAUAUUCCAAUAUGAAAAUGAAGAGGAAUUUGAGAAUGCAUGGAAAAUUUUACUGGAUGAUUACCAACUUGGGAAUAAUUCAUGGCAAUUUGAACGAGUUGUGGAGGAUAAGCGUGCUAAUGAAUUGAAGGCUGAGUUUGAAGCAAGAAAUACGCUUCCUAGGACCAUGGGUUGCAAUGCACCAGUACUGAGACAAGCAGGAAAAGUUUAUACCCCUUACAUAUUCAAUGAAUUUAGGAGGGAGCAUGACAUGUUUCUUACUUGCUCUGUAAAAUAUCGUACUGUAAAUGAUAUCUUCCACCAGUACAUUGUUGGAAUGGUUGAUGAGGAAGGUGAAUUUGUGGAAGGAGAACAUACAGUCUUGUACAAGAUACAUGAGCAGGUUUUAGAAUGUAGUUGCAGGAAAUUUGAGACAUAUGGCAUCCUAUGUUGCCAUGUCCUGAAAGUUUUAGAUGUGCUCGAGAUAAAAUGUAUUCCUGAAAAGUAUAUUUUGAGGAGAUGGACACGAGCAGCAAAAGACAUAUUGGUGGAGGACAGUAAGGGAAAAGAAGUGAUGGAAGAUGUCCAGCUGAGUCGUACACAGAGUUUGAGGCAUCUUAUGCCUAAAUAUGUUAAGCUAGUAAACCAAGCAUCUAAUACAGACGCUGGUUUUGAGAUGGCCAACAUUAGUGUUGAUAUUUUGGCUAAAGAGCUUGCAACACUGACUGUAGCAUGCCCUACUAUAGAAGAUUCAGUUCAAUGCUCUGAAGCUUACAUGGAUUUGGUGCUAAAAAAAGAAGAAGGUAGGAAAGGUGGUGGCAAAAGACAUAAGGCCUUCAUUGAAACUACGGGGAAGCAGAAGAAAUGUAAUAAAACAGUUAGAAGCCAAACCUCAGUUAGCAUGGAAACACUAGAAGAACCAUCUCAAAGCCUUGCUACAUCAAAUGUUCGUGGUGUAUCUCAAUAUACGGAGAACCAGCUUUUCACAUCACUUUUAUUGGCAGUAGGUUCUUCGCAGGGUUCAACAACAAUACCUCUAGUUGAUCUAUCUCCAGGACAAGAAACAGCAUGGAGACCGUUUCAAGGAAGCUUAGACAAUGAUGAAGAAUAG